GGACGGGGAGGCGGGGGAGAUCAGGGGAUGGCUGUGGCAACAUGAGAAGGAAAAAAGUGUAGUGGUUCUGUUUUUUAACCAGCCAGUGACUGAACGCACCUAACCUGGGGGGCAAGGAUCGUGGGAGAAGAGGUCGGAGACAGGUGUGUGGCUACAGCUCUGACUAUGGAGCCUCCCCCUUCGCUGAGCUUGGCUCUGCUAGGAGGGAGCGAGGAUGAGGACCAGCGCUUCCUCCUUCCCCUAGGCAGCAUAUCCCAUCCCUCCACAGCUGGCAACCAGCCAGGAUCGAACCACUCCAACCACACAGGUGCUUCGAGUAUCGAUCACCUGAAUGGCAGCACCCCAUCACCAUCCUCUACCACACCCAACUUGCCUCCAGCAUCCCUUCCCAAGUUGCCACUGUGCUCCUCCGGACCCCAGCCUCUGCCCGCGCCCAUCCCAAAUGCCCUGCACCCAACCAGUACCCCGCUUUCGUCCUGUCUGGGUUCCCAGCACAGCCUGAGUGGAGACAAUUCCCCCGUCUACAACGCCCUCUUUUACUCCUCUCAUUCGCCCUCCAUGGAGCGGGACAGGGACAGAGAGCGUGACAGGGAGAGAGACCGGGGCAGCAAACACAGACAGGCCAGCCCUCUGGUCCAUCGCAGAGACAGCAACCCUUUCACGGAGAUCGCUAUGAGUUCCUGUAAGUACACAGGUGGGGUCAUGAAGCCUCUGAGUCGUCUCAGCGCCUCCAGAAGAAACCUCAUUGAAUCAGACAGCAGCAGCGAAACCAAAGAGGGUGGUGUUUCGGCUGUUGCUGGGGCAACGGCUGCUGGGGGACACGACAGACAGCGAGGUGCCCCUCCCACCUACUCAGAGACACAGUCAUCAACUCAUCAACCCGCCAUCCAGAGUCCCCCAGAGAUUGUGAUCUCGUCCAAAGAAGACUCGCCGUACCCCAGACGAGGGUAUGACACCACUGACUCCACAUCCAACCAAAUGUCCAUCUACCACCAGAACCACGCACUGGUGGAGAGCAGCCGAGGGCAGUCAGAGCGGGGCAGCAGGCAGGGAGGGGUAGGGUCAACUGGCACCGUGGCCAGAGGCAGUACUUCCAAGGCCUCUAAGCGAAAGAACCAAAACAUUGGCUAUAAGCUGGGGCAUCGCAGGGCACUGUUCGAGAAGAGGAAGAGGCUGAGCGACUACGCCCUCAUCUUCGGGAUGUUUGGCAUCGUGGUCAUGGUGAUUGAGACCGAGCUGUCGUGGGGGGUGUACACUAAGAGCUCCAUGUAUUCUCUGGCUCUGAAGUGUCUGAUCAGCCUGUCCACAGUCAUCCUGCUGGGCCUUAUCAUAGCCUACCACGCACGUGAGGUUCAGCUGUUCGUCAUAGACAAUGGAGCGGACGACUGGCGCAUCGCCAUGACCAUGGAGAGGGUUCUGCUGAUUACCCUGGAGCUGCUUGUGUCUGCCGUACAUCCUGUGCCUGGGGACUUUAAGUUCCAGUGGCGAGCACGGCUGGCCUUCACGUAUGUGCCUUCGCAGGCCGAGGCUGACCUGGACAUGGUGCUGAGUGUACCCAUGUUCCUGCGCCUCUACCUCAUCGCCAGAGUCAUGCUUCUGCACAGCAAGCUCUUCACUGACGCCUCCUCUAGGAGUAUAGGUGCCCUAAAUAAGGUCCAUUUUAACACGAGGUUUGUAAUGAAAACCCUCAUGACCAUCUGCCCUGGGACGGUGCUGCUGGUCUUUAGCAUCUCUCUGUGGAUCAUCGCUGCCUGGACUGUACGGGUGUGUGAGAGGUACCAUGAUCCCCAGGAUGUGACAAGCAACUUCCUGGGAGCGAUGUGGCUUAUCUCUAUCACUUUCCUUUCCAUCGGCUACGGAGACAUGGUUCCUCACACCUACUGUGGCAAAGGAGUCUGUCUGCUAACAGGCAUCAUGGGUGCGGGAUGCACAGCUUUGGUGGUUGCUGUGGUAGCCAGGAAGCUGGAGCUGACCAAAGCUGAGAAACAUGUCCACAACUUCAUGAUGGACACACAGCUCACCAAGAGGAUAAAGAAUGCAGCAGCUAAUGUGCUGAGGGAGACUUGGCUCAUCUACAAGCACACCAAGCUGAUGAAGAAGAUCGACCACUCCAGGGUCCGCAAACACCAGCGGAAGUUCCUGCAGGCUAUACAUCAAUUACGCAGCGUCAAAAUGGAGCAGAGGAAACUCAGUGAUCAGGCCAACACACUAGUGGACCUCUCCAAGAUGCAGAGUGUCAUGUAUGAGCUCAUGUCAGAGCUCAAUGACCGCAGCGAGGACUUGGAGCGACAGAUGUUGUCUCUGGAGCAACGGGUGGAGCAGCUCACAGCAGGCUUCAACGCUCUGCCCGCACAUCUCUCUGCAACCCUCAGCACCCAGCACACCGCCCUGGUUCACCUGCUCCGAGAGAGGGACGCACGGGAUGGCAGAGGAGGAGGCACGGGAGGUGGAGGUGCUGUGGUUCCACUGUCUCCAACUGCCUCCUUAACCACCGUACCAGUUUCGGUUUCCUCAGUCCAGGUUGCAGCUCCUCCAUCAACCUUAGCACAGAUCUCCAGUUUAUCUUUAGAGACCCCGCUGUCCCCCCCACCUGUGAGCCCAGAGGGGAGCCUGGAGGCUCGUUCUAAUCCUAAUACUUGCAGCUCAAGCUGCUGAGUACCGCUCUGUGGAGCAGAGGGGGACAAAUAUGGAAGCAAAACACGAAUAAGGAAAGACGGAGAGGCUCUGAUAGUCCUCUCACAUCAGACUAAAGGAGAAAAAGGAAGGCUGGAGAGAUACAUUUGUGGAGGUCCUCUGAAACUUUUGCUCCUCGUUAACAGGAUGAAGAGGAGAAGCAAUGGGACUAAGAUGGAGGGCCAGUUUGAGGGAUGAGAUAUGUUCAGGACCUUUCUUGAAGAUGUAUAGAAAAGAAAAAUGGAGACUCUUAAAGGUGUGAGGGGGAGGGAGGAUGUCACAAGGGUGAGAAAUGGAGGUAAAGAGAAUGAGGAGGUGGGGGGAAGACAGAAAGGGAGAAAUAACCAAGAAUAAUUAUAUGAACUCCUAAAUGGAAUCCACUCCAAUUACAGCAAAGGGCCUUUAUUCUCUCUAUCUCCUUCUCUCCCUUUCUCCUUUACUCUUCUCCAAAUCUCUCACCCCCUUCAUCAGGAAUUAAUGACCAUGACUUUUUAUCUUUAUGAAGUAUUUUCUAUCCGAAUGCUUAUCGUGUGUCAACGAGCAUCCCUUUAACAGAAGGUUCGAUCAAUACGACCGUAAUAUUAAAACAAAAAAAAAACUAGCAGCUUGCACCACACACAUACAUAUGAUACAAGGUAACACAGCACAGACAGAUUUACAUAAUGUCUCAUAAUGCACUACUAGCCCAUGAUAGUACUAAAGCCUAUACUGCCAAGCACUCAAUGCACUGUUUAUCUCCAUAGAGCACUGCCAAGCAAUGUAGACACAGUGUAAAAGACAAAAAUGUCUAUCUAAAAAGAUUGAUCUUCUGUGGUUAUGAGGUAUGAGCAGCAGGAUAGACUCCCUGAAUGCAUAGUUUUGGCAUUUUAACUGCUCGGCUGGGAGAAUUGUAACUGGCCACUGAGCCACACACAUUACAAGCGGAGAGAGACGUUACUCAUCAUGGAGUCUAUUUGUAAUGCUUGAGACAGUGGCAAAUGGUAAAAUGAGAUAAAAUUACCACAACAGGGCUUUAUCACUUCAUUCACUGGAGUGUACGGUGAGUGAGACACUUACCAUUUGAAGUAAUUUUGCUGGUUUGCUGUAUUUAAACGAGACUGUUCACUCAUUUACUAUGUGGUGCACUAUAAAUUAAAUCUGCCAUGUUGCUUUGGUGUUUUUAAAUUUUAACAAGGAUCUUUUCCGACACCAUACUGACUUUAUUGUCCGCUUAAACUAGCUAGCUCUGUUGAUAAAAGUCCCUAUGGUGAUUGCAUAGGCCCUAUUAAUUUCUAUGGAGCAUUUUGUUAUUCAUCAUUUGCCAAAGGCACGUUAACCAGGAGAAGAAAAAUUGACUGCUGAUUAUUUUUGCUCCCUUCACCUUUUCGUAUCUUUGUAGUAUUGGUUGGUCUUUACCCUGAAAACAUUUGGUACCUAAUUAUGCUAUUUCUACCAGCACAUUUCAAACCCACCAGGUGGAUUGUUUCAUGUCUGCUUUUACAAACAGCAAUUUAAAGUAAAUUCUAAUAUUUAUCUUAUAGUCUAAUGUAAGGAAAUUUGAAUGCAUAACUCCAAAAAAAUAAUAUCUACAAGAGGGAAGUCACUUAGAACUUAGAACGUCUUUCAUCAGGAGUCAUAAUCUUUCAUGUUUCACAAGAGUCAACCUUAACUGGAAUAGACAUUAAUGCAAAGUUUUCAGGUAAUAAUCAAUUUAAAUAAAAACUAUGUGAAAUUUUAGGAUUUUUUUUUCCUAUUUCAUGAAAAUGCAUACCUACAAUGAAAAAUAAUCCGAUUUACAAUGGUUAGUAUACAGCAGGGCUGCACGAUAUCAGAUGAUUUUGUCAGUGAAUGUCGCAAUCACAAAAUUACUUGCCAUAAAUAAUUAAAUAUUUAAGUAUACAGUGUUAUUUCAGUCUGCUUUGGGUUUAUGCCCUGAUAGUGAGUAGCAUGGCAUUAAUAUAGCUAAUAUUUAUUGAAAUCCAAGCAAUUCUUUGCAAUAUUUAUGUUGCGCACACAUGGAUAUUGCAUUCACUGUAAAAUGGAAGUAGGAAGGGACAGAAAAGCAAUGCAUAGGUACAAAAUUGGGGCUCACAAAACAUGCUCUGUGAAUGAACAGAGGACAAGGUUUGCACACUACAUUAGUCCAUUAAUCUCUGAUGCCUGAGCUAUCCAAUCUGACUGAGUAACCUUAGCCAAACUGCGCUAGCAUCUACAGCUAAUAUUAGCUGUACCAAACACGCCAUACUGCAGCGUUCCUGGAACAUUUUUCAGCUUAAGGAUUUAUGGGUUUAUGACAUAAAUGAGUUCUUAAACUGGAAUUAAAACCUUGAUUGUCAAGUCUUAUCAGUAAAAACGUCAAAGAUACAACAUAAGUUAGGUAACAACAAAAAGACGUCGCUUUAUUUCAACUGUGCACUAACUUCUCAGUUAAUUGCAUAAAUUGUACAACUCUAAAAACUGGUUGGUGUAAAAUAUUUCAUAUAUUUUUAUGGAUAAUACAAUCAUGAUAAAAAUUAAACUGCAUUCUCUGGUUUUACAUAUUUUAUAGGUAUGUCUACUUCAUUUUUUCAGACUUUAUCCCUUUACCAGUAGAACCUGGUAAAGCCCGGGACAUAUAUUUGAGAGGGUAUGAUUGUAUAGACUAUUUAUAUAUUCAGUCAUAGUAGUGAUAUAAUUACAGGCACAGACCAUGCUUGGGUACAGCAUGGUCUGUGGCUACAGUUCAACAAAAAAGUGCAAUGAAUGUGUUAGGAAGACAGAUACUGUUAAUUACAACCAAAAUCAGCACAAUUAUUCUGGCCCUCACUUCAGAUUAGGCAUGGGCCAGUAUGAUAACCUUGAGUAAAAAUGCGACUAUCCCAGUUUUUACACAAAAAUCUUAAAUAUCAAAUUUUUAUAUAAAAAAAAAUAUCAAAAUGCUUUUAUUGAAAUCAAGAAAGGAACAAUUAUUCUCAUUUCCACUUAAAUAAUCUAACAUGUUUUUACAGCAAUAGUUUUACCUAUAACGUUAAUUACUUAUUUUGAUUUUUAUGUAUAGUUCAAACAAAAAAUAAACUGCAACUAAUUUUAGCAGUGGUUUAUCAAGGCUAUUUGCAAAUAAUAUUUUACAGUUUUGGUGUUCAUGUCUGAAUAUACUAACAUGAAUUACAAUAUAAUACUGAUACUAAUAUCAGUUGUGGUAUCUGUUCAAGGAGAGAAUGAAGUGCUAACAAGAAUGAUGGGUGGUACUCAUUUAGUUUCUACACCAUGACUUCCCUACUUUGUUGCAACCAACAGCCAAAUUUGUCUGUUUUAUGAGCCAGGGAGGGGUGUAUUAGCCUUCUUUCAGCCAGCUGGCUAGCAGUGUGCAGCAACAGGUAGUAGAGGAGUGGUGCUACAUUGCUCCAGCUCCACUCAGCGGUAGUAAUCUCCAAUUAUUCCAACACUGUCUCCCUUCUCUCAUUAAGGAACUUUUAAACCGUGGAAAAAAUUUUGCCAUUUUGAAACCUUUACCACGACAUCCAACCCAACCUACCUCAGAUGUAGAUGUGCUUUCGAGUUUAUCCUCCCAGCAUUUAUAACUGGGAAUAUUCAGACCUUAAGUACAAAGUAACCGAUACUUUAAAAGCAAACACUAGCGCUACCCUCUGCUUUCUUCUCUCCAUAGUUAACACAAUAUAGUGACUGAGUGAACAUUUGUACCAUGGUACUCAAUUGUGUUUGUGUAGAAGCUGCAGAAAAGAGACAUACGUUUUAUUAAGUGCAUUAAUUUUUUCUGAUUGUUGUCGGAAGAAGGAAACCAAAUGUUUAUUGAAUCAGAAUUCAAACCAAUUAUUUCAAAUGCAAUUUAUAUAAAUAAAUUCAAAAAUAAUAUAUAAAUACGACCAGCUACAUAAUUUUUUUUUUUUGCACAAACAAAAUUUUUCUGCUAGAUCUCAGUUUAAUUAAUUUAGCUUCCGAUUCUUCCAACAGGAUUAUUUUAUUUUAUUUUAUUGUCCAAAAAAACAUACCUAGAGUGACUUAAAUGUUGCCUUUACAUUGAUAAUUGUGCUAACUUGUUACCAAUACACCACUGACUUAUUUAUAUCAUUCUAAGUUGGUAUCUUUAAAGUGAUUUUCAUGCAUGGCUCUGUCCAUGACCCUCACUUUACUGCUGUUAUUUUCUUUCUGUACCAAAACAGCUCUCUGUUAUUAUGAAUGUAUUCUGUUUAAAAACAAAAAAAUCUCAGAAAUACAUCUUUGCUUGCUCGCUCGCAUUAUCACUUAAACACUGCCAUGCAGACACCCACUCAUACACUCUCUCACACACACACACACACACACACACGUAUAUAUAUA